AUGGACCUGGACGCGAAAGAGCGCAAUGGGAGGCCUCUGAGCGAAGAGCAACAAGAAAAGCUGCGAAAGAGAAGUGAAGUGGAGGCCGAGCUUAGUCAGCUCAAGGCCUCGGAGGCCGCCGCUUCAAUGGCUCCGUAUUCUGUUGCAAGUGAAGUCAAGGUGCCUUAUGAGGGCGAUGUGCCGACAGGUCUGCCUCUGUUAGCCGGCGCUGUGGACGCAGCCGCGGCCGACGGAACUUGUAGCGCGGCGAACUCGUCAAAAGGCCAAGAGAUCGCAAAGUCCAAGAAAGUACUGGGGCUGGAGAAGAAGCUGCGUGAGAUAGCAGGCCUGGAAGAGAAGAAGCGCAGCGGCGAGUCUCUGGACAAGAAGCAAGAAGAAAAGAUCCAGAAGCGGGCCGAAAUCGAGGCGCAGAUCCAGGCAGCCAUGGCGGAAGCAACGGAAGAAGCACAGCCAUCACAAGGUGCCGCCGGCAAGGACGAUGCGUUGGCCAACGUGGGGCAUGCACAGACACCUGCAACCGAAGGUCUUUACAUGUGCCAUUUGACUGACGCCAUUCUGGGCGUUGACGGCCAGCAGCGCCGUCGGGCGAAAUACUUCAAGACGAAGAAUGGGCUUUCCUGGAAGCAGGAAUUCUGUGGGGCUUUUGCGGUGCAGAAGCCGGAAGCCAAGACACAGGACAAUUUCGACCGGAUCCACUCAUUUGAGUACUUUCUUUGGUCAACAUGGCCUGAGAACUUCGACUGCAUCAAGAAGAAGAUCGCACAAGCCGUGCUCGUUUCGACUAGCGAUUUUCGCCUCGAGACCAUGGACGGUGAGCGGAUCCCUAAAGACGCCGAUUGCAUCGAGAAGCUUGAGGAGCUGAGCGCCAAGGAUCGUUCUUGCGAGAUGCUUGAGAAGAAGCCCUUGGUGCGCAUCAAGAUUGUGGUGAACGAAAUCCGCAAGUGA